AUGAGUUUAGUGGCUAAUACUGGAAAAUUGGCUGGUCGGACCCUGUUCAUAACGGGUGCUUCUAGAGGUAUUGGAAAAGCUAUCGCCUUAAAAGCGGCAAAAGAUGGAGCGAACGUUGUUAUUGCCGCUAAAACAGCUGAACCACAUCCAAAACUACCCGGUACCAUUUACACUGCUGCAGAAGAAAUUGAAGCUCUUGGAGGAAAAGCAUUACCUUGUAUAGUAGAUGUGAGAGACGAAAAACAAGUGCAGAAUGCUAUUGAUGAAGCUGUUAAAAAGUUCAAUGGAAUUGACAUCCUGGUGAACAAUGCUUCAGCUAUAUCUCUAACAGGUACAGCACAGACCGACAUGAAGAGAUAUGAUCUUAUGCAUAACAUCAAUACGAGAGGGACUUUCUUAACAUCAAAACUUUGUCUACCUUUACUGAAGAACAGUGACCAUGCUCACAUCCUGAACUUAUCGCCUCCAUUAAAUAUGAACCCAUAUUGGUUCUCAAUUCAUGUGGCUUACACAAUGGCUAAAUAUGGAAUGUCAAUGUGUGUCCUUGGCAUGAGUGAAGAAUUCAAAUCUUUUAACAUUGGAGUUAAUGCUCUCUGGCCUAAGACAGCUAUUGCUACAGCUGCAAUAGAAAUGCUGACCGGAGACACAUCAACCAGUCGCAAACCAGAAAUUGUUUCCGAUGCAGCAUAUAUAAUGCUUUCUCAAGACCCAAAGAAGUACACUGGCAACUUUGCUAUUGAUGAAGAGGUAUUGAAAGAGCAUGGGAUUAAGGACAUGACACCAUAUGCUUGUGAUCCAAAGAAUGCGGAUAAUCUUCUCCUGGACGGAUUUCUGGACGACCCAGCUGCAAUCAGUCACCACCAAACAGUAUCCACUGCCUCACUUAGACGUUAUCAUACAACCCCUGUCAAUAAUAAGGAGAAGAGUGAAUUGAAGGGUGAGAUACCGGAACUAUUUGCCACUAUCAGCAAAGUGAUCACACCCGAACUUGUGAAGAAGACUCAAGCCAUCUACCAGUUCAAUGUUAAAGGCAAAGAAGAAGGCGUUUGGCACAUAGAUCUGAAAAAUGGCGAUGGCACUUGUGGUCAGGGUGAGCCUAAGAAUCCCCCUGAUGCAACAUUAACUAUGGACAGCACAAACUUUGCCGAAAUGUUUGCUGGUAAGUUAAAACCUACCACUGCAUUCAUGAUGGGUAAGCUAAAAAUAAAUGGAGAUCUUCAGAAGGCUAUGAAGUUAGAGAAAAUGAUGAAGUCAUUGAAGACUAAGGUUUAA